AGCGUUGCCGUAUCGCGCCUUCCUAUGGCUAGAAAUCAUCAGCGUGUUCCGUGAAUUACAGAAACAUCGUCAGUCAAGUCGCGUUUUUCGAGAGCAAACAGUGUUUUGCGACUCUUCGUGAUCUCUUUAGAUGGGCCGGUCGUGAUGCAGGAGGUUAUCAAGAGUUGGCAGAGAAUGGGUAUAUGCUACUUGCGGAAAAUGCGCUGUUACCGACUCCUGCUAUCAACAUCUAUUGUCUUUCAUUUACGGAUUUGGUUCACGACAAGCCCAGAUCUUAGUUGGGGUAAGGCCAUGAAAGCGGUGAACUGGAUUUGUCCACUUGUACUCUGUUGGCGACCUGGCCCCAUAGGAUCGUUACUUGGCUUCAACGGGCCUUGGUUCUAUCAUCUUGGUCUAGUGUUAGUGAGUUAUAUUUACGCUCAUGCCUGUACCCUCCGCAAUUUUCGUUCACUUUUCAAUAAUUGGUGCUUCCAAACGUCUUUGAACACUUUUUGCAGCUUCGAUGAUUUAGCGCGAGACUAAUACUUCUAGAAAUAUCAAAAAUAUGAAUCAACAUCAAGGACGUGUACGAGGGAGUCUGUACAUUCCUCGCAAUGAAAGACUUCUAGUGCCCUCGGUUGCACGAUUGUCGGGAAACCCAACUCA